UUAUGGUGUUUUCCGCAGUGCUUCUUUAGCGGUACAUUGUUGAACUACUGGUUGGACUUCAUAAAAAAAACCACCAUCUCUCUCUCUGCUCUCGCUCACGUUUUCUAUAUUCAACAUAGUGGUGGUGCUAUUUAGACUGUCUUCUUGUUAAAUUUGUGACCAUCAAACCAACACAGGGAAACUGAUGCUUAUUAUUCCUCUUCGGUUAGUAGCUUCAGUGGGGGCUGCAUAUUUUUGGUGGUUUUGCCAAAGCAAAAAAAAGAUCAAAUCUGGUUCUUCUUUUUCCCAUUCCCUCUGGUGGAAUGCAGGGGCGGGAAACGCAGAAAAAUGGGUUCCGGGGUUUAAUGCUUGGUGGUGCCUUUUUUUCUGUCUGAAGGAUUUGCUCUGUUCGGCUUUGAGAGAGUGGUCGUACGGUUUUGAGCUUGCAUGAAGCAGAUGGGCUAGGUGAAACUUUUCCUUCUCAUUGCCAUGGAUCUUGAAGGUGGGAUCUACAGAAAAUCUCUCAAGGAGUCAUGGUGGUCUGUCCUGACUCUCGCAUAUCAGAGCUUGGGCGUCGUCUAUGGAGACCUUAGUACUUCACCCUUGUAUGUGUACAAAAGCACUUUUGCCGAGGAUAUUCAUCAUUCUGAAACUAACGAAGAGAUUUAUGGCGUGCUAUCUUUUGUUUUCUGGACUCUGACACUGGUGCCUCUUCUUAAAUACGUGUUCAUCGUGCUGAGAGCUGAUGAUAAUGGGGAAGGUGGAACUUUCGCUCUUUACUCUCUUCUGUGUAGGCAUGCUAGAGUUGGCUUUUUGCCAAAUGGUCAGCUCGCUGAUGAAGCUCUAUCAACCUAUAAGAAAGAAUUGCCUUCUGCUUCUGGAGGAUCAAAGGUAAAGAUGGUACUUGAAAAGCACAGGUUUCUGCAGAACGUAUUACUGAUACUGGCCCUCCUGGGAGCUUGCAUGGUUAUCGGUGAUGGGGUGCUUACACCAGCAAUUUCGGUUUUCUCCGCCGUGUCUGGGCUUGAGUUCACUAUGUCAAGAAGGGAGCAUGAAUAUGCAGUAGUUCCUAUUGCAUGUGUUAUACUGGUGUGCCUGUUUGCUCUUCAACAUUUCGGUACACAUCGGGUAGCAUUUCUCUUUGCACCAAUUGUCAUCACAUGGCUUUUGUGCAUCAGCCUGAUUGGUAUUUACAAUAUCAUCCACUGGAAUCCUCAAGUAUAUCAAGCACUUUCUCCGUACUACAUGUAUAAAUUCUUGCGGAAGACACAAAGGGGAGGAUGGAUGUCCUUAGGAGGAAUCCUCCUAUGCAUCACAGGCUCUGAAGCUAUGUUUGCAGACCUUGGACAUUUCUCACAGUUGUCAAUCAAGCUUGCUUUUACAUUUGUUGUCUACCCAUCACUGAUCCUAGCAUAUAUGGGACAAGCAGCUUAUCUAUCAAAGCAUCAUGUCAUUCAAACUGGAUAUCAUAUAGGAUUCUAUGUAUCUGUGCCAGAGAUUCUUCGAUGGCCUGUUCUGGCAAUAGCUAUACUUGCAGCAGUAGUUGGGAGCCAAUCUAUUAUCACAGGAACAUUUUCUAUCAUUAAACAGUGCUCCGCAAUGGGAUGUUUUCCAAGAGUAAAAAUUGUUCAUACAUCAGACAAGAUAGAUGGUCAGAUCUAUAUUCCAGAGAUCAAUUGGAUUUUAAUGCUUCUGUGCCUAGCUGUUACCAUUGGAUUCAGAGACACGAAGCGCAUGGGAAAUGCCUCAGGCUUAGCAGUCAUUACGGUGAUGCUCGUGACAACCUGCCUAAUGUCAUUGAUAAUUGUUCUUUGCUGGCACAAAAGUGUCAUCUUUGCCAUCUGCUUCAUCUUCUUCUUUGGAUCUAUUGAAGCACUUUACUUCUCUGCAUCUCUGAUCAAGUUCUUGGAAGGUGCUUGGGUUCCUAUAGCUCUGGCUUUCAUUUUUAUGUUAGUCAUGUACACUUGGCACUAUGGCACUCUCAAGAAGUAUGAGUUCGAUCUGCAGAAUAAGGUCUCUAUGAAGUGGUUGCUUAGCCUUGGACCAAGUCUUGGAAUUGUUCGAGUUCCAGGCAUUGGUCUCAUACAUGCUGAACUUGUCACUGGAAUCCCUGCAAUGUUCUCGCACUUUGUUACUAAUCUUCCAGCGUUCCACCAGGUCCUAGUGUUUGUAUGUGUAAAAUCUGUGCCUGUACCAUAUGUUCGGCCAGAAGAGCGGUUCCUUGUUGGCCGAAUUGGACCAAAGGAGUACAGGCUGUAUAGAUGCAUAGCUCGAUAUGGGUAUCUGGAUUUUCACAAAGAUGAUAUGGAAUUUGAGAAGGAGCUGGCAUAUAGUAUAGCAGAAUUCAUCCGCUCUGGGCAGAAAAGUUCAUGGUCAAUGGAUGACUCAGAGAAGGAUGAAAAAAUGACUGUUGUAGGAACACCAACAGCAGACUCAAUUCAUCCUUGUGUGGAAGAAGCUGAAGACGUCCCAGGUACAUCAAGCUCAUGGAAUGAAUUAAGCACAGAUGAUUCACCAGUUGUGAGGAGAAAACAAGUCAGGUUCGUGUUGCCAGAGAGCCCAGAGAUGGAUGCAAGCGUGAGGGAAGAACUGCAAGAGUUGAUGGAGGCAAGAGAGUCUGGGAUGGCAUUUAUACUCGGUCAUUCAUAUGUGAGAGCGAAGAGAGGAUCAAGUUUCUUGAAGAGGUUGGCAAUAAAUGUUGGGUACGAUUUCUUAAGGAGAAACUGCAGGCAUCCAGCUUCUGCCCUCAGUAUUCCUCAUACCUCAACAUUGGAAGUGGGGAUGGUCUAUCAUGUCUGACAUGGGUAAUAUGUAGUGCCGGUGAAUAUGUAGUUACUCGCAGCGUUCUCAUUGUAAAAUGUUCAGUUUUACAUGAUGACUCUUUGCUUUGAAGGAGGUUGUACAAAUUCAUACUUUCUUACCUUGAAGAGUUGGAGCCACUGAAAUACUUUCUUUCUAUACGAUACCAUAAAUGCAUAGUAGUCACAACUAUAUUUUGCAUUUUGUCAUGGUUCCGAGCUGUUGUCCAUAACAUUGAGGGUUGCCCAUGUUGCAGCAGAGGAUGUAUUAGAUGUCCCAGACAGACAAUUGAAAAGUUACUAUCAGAAACGAUGAACUUGGCCUUUCAAUUAAUGAAGGGGCUCUCUCUCUCUCUCUC